UACCGCUCAGUUAAACGCGAAAUGCCGAUAAGAUAUUAAAUAACAUAGGUUUUGGGGCCUAUUUUUUCAAUAAAUAAAAUAGUACAGGAAAAUGUGUUGCGAUAACAAGCCAUGCUUAGUUGUUUAGUGACUAUAAAAUAUGUGAAUCAUGGGCCAGUGAACUGAUUAAAUAUUAAAUAAUUUUACGUGAAAAAAAUUCAGUAUUUUUCCGGUAUUUGGACCUAAACAACGUGUGUCGCGUUUUUUUUUUAAAUAGAGUCCUCGCAAGCUAAAUCCGCCACACACGAUCGCUUACGAUUCCGAUAAUUUCCUGCCAUUCGUUAUCAACAUACGUGAGUGUAAAUAAAUAGAAUAUUUCGACCACUGCGUGUGAAAACGAGGAAAAAUACAAGAAAAAUUGAUAAGAAAGUGUUUCGAUGUAAUCCGAUGUUGUUUUAUCUUGAGGUAUAAAGAUACAGAUCCAGUAUUGACCUUAUAAAAUAUACAGUCUAGUCUAAAACAGUUUCUACUUUAUUAAAUUAUAAAAACGAAUACUAUUUCGUAGUACUUAAAUAGUAAAGAGAAAUAUAAUAUUUUUACCUGUUAGUAUUAAACAACACUGUGAUACAAAGUUUUUGAGUGAAACGGCAAGUUGGAGUGGACUUUUGUGCAAUUUUUUUAUAAAUAAAUAAUAUUGUUCUAUCUAUCUAAGUGAACAAGUGGUAUUUGUGCAAUUUAUUUCCGAAGUGAAAGAAGUGUUUGGCCAAAGAUAUGCUUAGGUAGUUGUAUGUGAUAGUUCGGGGUUUGAAAUAGAGAUGGCGCUACCGCCGCAACAGUUUUGCGUGAGGUGGAACUCUUACCACACCAAUUUACAGGCGGUGUUCCCCCGUCUCCUCCUGACGGAACAGUUCGCGGACGUGACGCUGGCGUGCGAGUCGCGCCAGCUGCGCUGCCACAAGCUGGUGCUGUCGGCCUGCUCCGCCUACCUCGAGCGCCUGCUGCUGCAGAACCCGUGUGACCAUCCCAUCGUGCUGAUGCGGGAUAUGAGGUUCAGCGAGAUGCAAGCGCUGGUGGACUUCAUGUACAAGGGCGAGGUGAACGUCACGCAGGACGAGCUGCCCAGUCUACUCAAGUCUGCUGAGGCGCUGCAGAUCAGAGGGCUGUGCUCCAGCGACACGUCGAGCCUGUCGUCGGAGCUGGGCGCGCUGGGCGCGGACGGUGCGGCCAAGGAGCGCGACUACACGGUCGCCAGCGACGCGCUUGUCGCCAACGCGCAGAGGGAACAUCAGACUAGCAACGGCCCGACGACGCACCCCCCGAAGCCCACCCACCCCCCAACAAACAACACCCACCCGACGAGCAACGGUACUAAAAAGCGGAAGUCGGAGGAACGCGCGGACAUCAAGGAGGAGACAGUGGAGGAGGACGGACUAUACUACGGGGAGCUGGACAAUGAGAAUAUGGAGUUUAAUGAGGACGAUGAGCCCGGCAAGCCAGGCAGCAGUCUAGGACAGCCUUCCGGCCGUCCCCCCUACCUCCGAGUCAAGCCGGAGAGCGAACUAUUCUUCCAAACUAAACUACAGAAUCUAGCCAACUCGGAAUACAUUAGUAGACUCGCUAAAAUGAGUAACUCGGAAAUAAGAAACGAAUUUUCCAAAUACGGCUUCAAUACGAACCCUACUGAGGAAUACACGCAAAAGUCUAAUGACAAGUCUGAAAAUGAUUACUAUAAGUCCUGGUUAGAACAAAAUGGGGAGCUAGAGGUCUCCCUACUAAAGGCUAGCCAAGUGAAAAAACCCAAACCGGACCCCAAGAACCAAAAAUCCGAGGUAGAGCUGAUACCAAAGACCAAAGACGGUGUUGCCAAUAAAGAAAUUUUCCCUAAAUUGGGGGAGAAAUCUCAGAUGCGAAGGCGCGGUAGACCGCCAAUAUUUAAGGAUAGGAAUAUAGAUAUCGGGGAGACUGUUCUCAAGUCUGAUUUGGACCAAUUUUUGGAGGGCAAGGAGGUCAGCUCGUCAGGGCUGUCGCGCAAGGAUCUGGAGCGCGUGAUGAUGGGCAAGUUCAACCCUAACCGCCGAUACUCUAACGAGGCCAUGUGGGCUGCCCUCAUGGACGUCAAGAAGGGAGGCAGUAUAUACAGAGCGGCACAAACACACAAAGUCCCACGCAAAUCGCUACGCAACUGGAUGAAGCGAUGCCACAUAAAGUCCUCGUUCCCGAUGCCGCAGCAACUCAAGCAGUUUGUAGAGAACAGCAAGAAGCAGAAAGAGUAUAAGAGCUUCGACUAUACGCCUACCACGGACCAGGCGAACUAUAAGAGUGGCACAGAGACAGAGAAUUAUGACGCCGAAGAGUUUGGCAAGCAUUUCCUCUUCAACUCCACUCUAUCCAGCGAAGAUGAGAUCGGUAAGAGUGAUGAUAAAGAGGAGAAAAAGGGAGAUGAUGGUACGUCAGCUCUUGAUAUGUCUGUUCAUGAGUGAGGUUGUUAAGGGGGUGAUUCAUAGGCGUAGCCAGGUUUUAGUUUCGGGAGGGGUUCAAGAAAGUCGAAACAUGAAAUGUGUGACCAAAAAAAAUCCCUUUAUAAUUAUGUAUUAAACAGAUUCAUAGGUAGUCAUAUAUUUACAGGUUUUGGUACAGAGACCUUUGCCAAACAGGGGAUGUACUAUGCUAACUAAAAAAUUACGCUCUGUAAUGUAGGUAUACGCAUUUCAUUUCGGGGGGGGGGGUUUGAACCCCCAAACUCCCCCCCCCCCUGGCUACGCCUAUGGGGUGAUUUAAGGUAAGCGUCCGCAGGCGUCGUAUGCGACGGAUUUUAGUUUGUCUUGUAUAGAAACUCAUACAACUGCGUCCACUGAUCCACAUCGUACGGACCGCAUCAUCGGCAAUGCCUACAUGCGAUGCGUACUGAUGACGUCAUACGGAAUGCGUGCGAUGCGUACGAUGCGGGACGCUUAC